GAGAGAGAGAGAGAGAGGAUGAGCGAGAAAGCGAAAGUGAUAGUGAGAAUGCUACAAGGUUGCAACAGCAUGAACAAGCUCCGUAAGAUCCAUUCUCAUGUCAUCGUCAAUGGUCUCCAACACCAUCCUUCCAUCUUUGACAAUCUCCUCCGCUUCUGCGCCGUCUCCGUCACCGGUUCUCUGUCUUACGCUCUCCUUCUAUUCGACCGUUUCGAUUCUUCUGAUCCAUCAACUUCGGCUUGGAACUCCCUUAUCCGUGGCUUCUCCGUUUCCUCUUCUCCUCUCUCUUCGCUUCUCUUCUACAAUCGAAUGCUUCACUCCUCUGUUUCACGUCCCGAUAUCUUCACUUUCAGUUUUGCUCUCAAAGCCUGUGAGAGGCUGCGUUCGAUUCCGAAAUGUUUGGAGCUUCACGGUUCGAUUAUUCGUUCUGGAUUUCCUGCUCAUGCCAAUGUUUCCACUUGCCUCGUUCGUUGUUAUUCUGCGAAUGCGAGUGUUGAUAUUGCAUCCAAACUGUUCGACGAAAUGCCUGUGAGAGAUUUGGUUUCUUGGAACGCUAUGAUCUCUUGCUUUUCUCAUGCUGGUUUACAUCAUCAGGCGUUGGGUAUGUACAAGCGAAUGGUAAAUGAAGGUGUGUGCCUCGACGCUUACUCGCUAGUUGCUUUGUUAUCUUCUUGUGCUCACGUUAGUGCUUUGAAUAUGGGAGUUAUGCUACACAGGAUCGCCUGUGACAUUCGAUGUGAGAGUAGUGUCUUUGUGAGUAAUGCUCUUAUCGAUAUGUAUGCAAAAUGUGGUAGCCUUGAAAAUGCUGUUGGUGUUUUUAAUGGUAUGCACAAGAGAGAUGUGUUGACCUGGAACUCAAUGAUUAUUGGGUAUGGAGUUCAUGGGUAUGGCGUAGAGGCUAUAUCUUUUUUUAGAAAGAUGGUGGCUUCUGGGGUUAGACCCAAUGCCAUUACAUUCCUUGGGUUGUUGCUAGGUUGCAGUCAUCAAGGUCUAGUUAACGAAGGAGUUGAGUAUUUUGAAAUCAUGAGUUCACAGUUCCAUGUGAUCCCGAACAUUAAACACUAUGGAUGCAUGGUGGAUCUCUAUGGACGUGCAGGUCAGCUAGCAAAGGCCCUCGAGAUGAUACACGCGUCUUCCUGCCAUGAAGAUCCUGUAUUAUGGAGAACCUUGCUUGGCUCUUGCAAAAUCCAUAGUAAUUUGGAAUUAGGAGAAGUGGCCAUGAAGAAAUUGGUGCAGCUCAAGGCUUUCAAUGCAGGGGAUUAUGUGCUUAUGACUUCGAUAUACUCUGCAGCGAAUGAUGCGCUAGGUUUUGCUAGUAUGCGAAAACUAAUAAGACGUCAUGAUUUACGGACAGUUCCAGGCUGGAGCUGGAUUGAGAUUGGCGAUCAAGUUCACAAAUUUGUUGUUGAUGACAAAAUGCAUCCAGAGUCUGCACUUAUUUACUCAGAACUCAGAGAAGUAAUCCACCGUGCCAUUUUAGCUGGUUACAAGCCAGAGGACUCAAGCAGAGCUGCUCCUACUCUCUCUGACCGGUUUUUAGGAUCUGCAGAUACAUUUCACAGUGAAAAAUUGGCUAUUGCAUAUGGAUUGAUGAGAACUCCUGCAGGAACAACUCUCCGGAUCACAAAGAAUCUGAGAGUUUGCAGAGAUUGCCAUUCUUUUACAAAAUGUGUAUCAAAAGCUUUCGGUCGGAAAAUUAUUGUAAGGGAUAGAGUUCGAUUUCAUCACUUUGCAGGUGCUGUUUGUUCUUGCAACGAGUACUGGUGACAAUAUUCUCAUUCAGCCUAAAAAGAAUUAUCACCACAAGAUUCCUUAAAUGGAAAAGGGAGAGAGAGGAGAUGAGACAAUCAUUGCCACAGAGGUCGUGAUUAUGUCGUGGAACAAGAAUAUAACAAAGACACGAAAAUCUCUGGGGAGGAACCAAAGAAAAGAAGCAUCCAACCUCCAAGAAAUUGCAGAAGGUGUGAGACUUGAGAGCAUUUCUUGGGAUUGCAAGACUUGCAGAGAAGAAUCGAAGCGAGUACCAGUGAUAGAGAUCUUAUCAAAGGGGCAUUGUUGAGGUCGCCACGAGUGAGAAUCAACUAAACUGGUUUGCUGACAAUUGCUACCUACUUCAGUUUGUAAGUAGUUUUGACUAAAGAUAAAAAAAACAGAGAGAAAACAGAGCUGAAAAUUUAAUCAAUAAUUGAUUUAA